GAGAAACGCACGAAAAAAAAAGAAAAGAGCAAUAGACUCCUAUGAACAGUCACACUGUUAGACAGUGCUACAACGUUUUCUUCACGACUUUCUAGAGGGGGAUUUUUUUCUUUUUUUCCUUCUAGGGUCUGGUCAACUGCCUCAGGCACAGGACUUGCAGUUUCCUUCGUUAAUUAUAGCUGUAUUGUUAUUGUCAUUGGUUUAGGUUAACGCAGCAUCCGAAGCAACACACUUAUUGUUUUUGCGCUAACACAUAGACUACGCACACACCGACGCGUACAUCCCGCUUAGUGGAUUUUAUUUCUGAGGAUAAAAUACUACGUCACAGCGAGAGAAAAUGCUGUCAAUUAAAGGAGUCCUCUACACGCUGACGGUGCUGAUUCUAUGGCGGGCGGACCAGCUCGUGGACGCCUGCAGCUGUGCCCCCGUGCACCCGCAACAGGCGUUCUGUAACGCGGACAUAGUGAUCCGAGCCAAGGUGGUGGGGGAGAAGGAAGUGGAUACUGGGAAUGAUAUCUAUGGGAACCCUAUCAAGAGGAUCCAAUAUGAUGUCAAACAGAUCAAGAUGUUUAAGGGUCCUGACCAGGACAUCCAGACUAUCUUCACUGCGCCAGUCUCCGCUGUGUGUGGCGUUACCUUGGAUACCAGCGGCAAGAAGGAGUACCUGAUCUCAGGCAAGGCAGAGGCGGAUGGAAAGAUGCACGUGACACUGUGUGAUUACAUCACUCCCUGGGAGUCCAUGAGCUCCACUCAAAAGAAGAGCCUGACUCAGCGCUAUCAGAUGGGCUGUGAAUGCAAGAUUGUGCGCUGUCCCUCCCUGCCCUGUGCCAUCUCUGCUCCAGAGGAGUGUCUGUGGACAGACCUGAUGAUGGAGAAGCAAGUGUAUGGCAGCCAAGCCAAUGAAUACGCCUGCGUCAAGAGGGGCGAUGGCUCCUGUUCCUGGUACCGUGGCGUGGCUCCGCCCAAGAAGGAGUUCUUGGACAUUGAGGACCCCUAGUCAUUUCCUGCCACCGCCAACUUCCAGCUGUCCACAGCACAGCCUGAAAAAAAUAGAUCAUUUUGAAACAUUUCAUUAAAUACUAGGGGAAAACAUUAAUUCUGUAUGAUAGGGCAAGAUGAAUAUGAUACACAUAAAAUAAAUACAACUGAUGGGUCUGAGAGCGAUUAGUAAUAGUUACACAAAAAAAGAAAAUGUUGGCCACUACUCCUUCUUGUGUUGGAAGAUCUAAAGGGACUGAAUGGCUGUGUUUGAAAGGAUCAAAACUGAAAUGUAUUGUGGGUGCUAGCUGAUCUACAAAUAAUAUUGACUCAUUAUUUAUGAUAAGUUGAUUUGUAGGUCGGUCAGUCCGCAGUAGCCUGCAGUUGUUUUGAUCCUCUCGAACACAGCCAAUAUGUUAAUAGCAUAGGCUCCACUUAUCCCCCAUAAAAUGGCUUUUGUCAAAUUGCUUACACCUACCAGUUCCUUCCGGUCUACAAACAUAUGUGUUAGAGGCUAGUGAAAGGUGCAAGACAGGUGCUCAGGACGUUUGGGAUUUAGGGUCACGAGACCCAUAGACUGGUCGACUGAUGAUAAUGUCACAUUCCCCUGAGGCUGGCGUCAGGAGGACUGAUCCUUUAAACUACGGACGUGUCCCAAAUGGCACCCAAUUCCUUAUAUAGUGCACUACUAUAACAAGAGCCCAGGCCAGAAUUAGUGCACUCUGUAAUGAACAGGGUGCCAUUUGGGACAGGCUCCUUAGAGAUAAAGGUGGUGCACUUGAUUUAGCUCCCUGGUGUGUGUGCUGGGAAGGAGAAUUCCCCUUUGGACCUGUGGAGUGGUUGCAAAAGGGGGAAACGGUCAGGACGGAGGAGCUAUAUCAAGUGUACAGCUAGCCCUGAACGACCCCUUAUCCAACCAUGGUUGGACAUUAUGUGUUUCAUCAUUCUAUGUUCGAUUCCAAAGUCAUAUUCCAGGUUGCCUUUUUAUUUUUUAUUUGUAUUUAGUCAACCGCUAUUUGAUGAUGCUUCUCAAAACCAUGCUGUUAGGACCAAUCAGAUUUAUGGCGAGGCGGGACUUCCCAGAUUGUUCUAAUAGACAUUUGAUGAGAAGAAGAGUUUAGUUUGUAUAAAUGGUUGUAUUCAUUUUGUCUGAAUAACCAAAGCGUCCUAGUCAGACACAAGCAUGGGAAUAACGUUUGAGAACAACCCUCUAGAAUGUCACACUAGACCAGUCUAUGAUGUGUAUGAUGAAGAUAGUGUUGUGGCUUCACAUUAACCUGUCACCCCUUUGUCUCCACUCAUUCCCCUUAGACAACUUUACAUGUCCUAUACAUUUAUAAUUAUGGCUAUUUACAUCAUAAGAAGUAGAUUUGCACUUUUCAUCCAAAUUCCGUUCAACAAAAAACCAUGUGUUUUCUCUGUACUGUUUUUAUCAUCAUACCCCAGGCAGGCAGUGUAUGUUUCUGUUCUAAAUGGCACCCCGUUCCAUGUAGGGCACUGUAUGGGCCCUGGUCAAAAUGAGUGCGCUACAUAGGGAAUAGUGUGCCUUAUGGGAGCCUACUGGGCCACGUUCCAGGUCGUCUUAGCAGCAGUCUGGCGAGUGGUGCAGGUGAUCUGAUUUUACAAUGUCUGGAGAAGAAUUUAACUUAUCAGGAAACCACAUCAAUAUGAUAGAGCAUUUUCUGAUGAUGAACACAGAGUCCUCCAAUGCUACAUAAUAUUAAUUGGGAGUUAAAUUGUCAUAGCGUAUCAGAAGCAUAAUUUAAAAGUUUACAUUUGUAUGACUUUUUGUUCCACAAUUUGUUUCACUAUCAAGUCUGUUUAUCUUUUUAAAAGAGUGAUUUAGUAAAUGUUAUCUCGCACUGGUGGCAGUAGCACGUUAAAGAAUGACAGUCUGUCCCUUAGCCCAGGAAAGAUGUCAUAAACGUAGUAAGUAUUCUGUCUUUUAUAGGAAUAACACCCGCUUAUUAUCGUCAACUCUAUUGAAUGCUUUAUGUAUGUAUGUACAUCUGCCAGGUGGAUAGGAUGGGGUUGAUGGGGGGGUGUGUGUGUGUGUGUGUGUGUGUGUGUGUGUGUGUGUGUGUGUGUGUGUGUGUGUGAGAGAGAAAAUAGAGUGGUAGAGAGUAAGAUGAGGAGGCAGAUUGACAAGACAACCAAACUAUGCAUGUGUUUAAUGCUUUGUGUAAAGUCACUUGUGGACAUUCUGUAGAUGGGGGAAAAAAAAAUAUUCAACAGUAUUAUCAAAUAAAACCAAACCUUUGAAAGAAUAA